UCAUUGCAAAUAUGGGUCCCCGGCGGAAAAAUGUGAAACCAUGCUCGGUGAACAGGGAAGGCUCUGAGUCUACCAAAGCUGAUGAGCCAAAAGACUACAUGAACCAACUCUCUCAUGAAGUGCUUUGCCACAUCUUUAGGUACCUUCCCUUGCAGGAUAUCAUGUGCAUGGAAUGCCUGUCCAGGAAGCUGAAGGAAGCAGUCACUCUUUAUCUUCGAGUAGUGAAGGUUGUGGAUCUAUGUGCAGGCCGUUGGUGGGAAUACAUGCCCACUGGUUUCACUGAUUCCAGUUUCCUAACGCUGCUGAGGAAGAUGCCAGACAUUGAACAACUUUAUGGUCUUCAUCCCAGGUAUCUUGAAAGACGCAGAGUCCGUGGCCAUGAAGCUUUCAGCAUUCCUGGAGUUUUAGAGGCUUUGCAGGCCUGUCCAAAUCUGUUGGGCGUUGAGACCUCUCAUUUAGAGCUGGUGGAAGCUAUUUGGACAUACAUGCCACAAGUUCACAUUUUAGGGAAGUUUCGUAAUCGUAAUGGUGCUUUUCCAAUUCCUCCUGAAAACAAGCUGAAAAUUCCUAUAGGAGCUAAAAUUCAGACUUUGCACUUAGUAGGGGUGAAUGUCCCUGAGAUUCCUUGUAUCCCAAUGCUGAGGCACCUUUAUUUGAAGUGGGUGAGACUCACCAAACCACAGCCUUUUAAAGAUUUCCUUUGUAUCAGCUUACGCACUUUUGUCAUGAGGAACUGUGCUGGACCCACAAAUUCUUUGAAGUAUGUUCCCCUAGUGACGGGCCUGGCUUCUGCUCGAAAUUUGGAGCACUUAGAACUGGUUCGUGUUCCAUUUCUUGGAGGCCUUAUCCAGCAUGUGGUAGAAGAUAGCUGGAGAUCAGGUGGUUUUAGGAAUUUGCACACUAUAGUUCUGGGAGCUUGCAAGAAUGCACUUGAAGUGGAUCUUGGCUACCUCAUCAUAACUGCUGCACGAAGGUUGCAUGAAGUGCGGAUCCAGCCUUCCUUGACCAAAGACGGUGUUUUUUCUGCUUUGAAGAUGGCUGAACUGGAAUUUCCACAGUUUGAAACUCUUCAUCUAGGAUAUGUUGAUGAGUUUUUACUACAGUGUAAAAUGACGAAUGGAGACUUGGUGAAGUACGGCUUGGCUGAUGUGGUUGAAAAUCCAGGAAUUAUUACAGAUAUUGGUAUGAAAGCCGUAAAUGAAGUUUUUUCUUGCAUCAAGUAUCUGGUUAUUUACAACUGCCCACAUCUACAUAACCCAAAUAAUUGGAUCACAGAUCAUUCAAGGUGGACCCGACUGGUUGACCUCACCCUGGUGCGAUGCCAUGCGAUAAAGCUAGAUUCUUUUAGUCAGUUCAUUGAGUUACUGCCAAGCUUAGAAUUUAUUUCUCUGGACCAGAUGUUCCGUGAACCUCCUAAGGGUUGUGCUCGUGUGGGCCUAAGUGCAGGCACAGGAAUUGGUGUCUCAUCUGCCCUAGUUAGCAAUCAGAACUCUAACAAUGACAAUGACAACAACAAUAACCACCAGAAUAACAAUAAUCCAAACAUCCACCACAACAAUCACCAACACCCAAAUGACCAGAAUGAGGAGAAUGAGCUGCGGCAAGAUGGUCAAGCUGAAGAGCAGCAGAUUGCAGCUGAGGCACUGAAUGAGAUGGAGGAGGUGGCACAGGAAGAAGGGAUGGCUGCUGGACAGAGCCAGAAUGAGCUGCCAGCUCACAGCCAGGCUGUUGUUCCUAUGGAGGUCGACGAAGAGCAAGCAGGACCAAGUGGAAUUCAGCCUGUUGUAAAGGCAGCACCUAUUACUGUCCAUGAUUCAGACAGUGAGGAUGAGGAAGAAAAUGUGGCGACUUCAAGAGCCUGCGUCUCUAACAGCAUUGCACAGAAUUACUCAGAUGGAGAAGAGAAAAGCAGAGAUCCAGUGGAAACUAGAGAACCAUCAGUGAGUGGUAAAGGCAAGACACCGCUGCGGAAGAGAUGUAGUGCCAACCAAGUGGGCCAAACAAAGCAGUUCCAUACCGAGGAAAGCAGCUGUGAGAAAGGUUGUCAAGUAACAAGUGAGCAGAUUAAAGCAGACAUGAAAGCAGCAAGUGACAUGCCUGAAAGGAACAAAAGCAAAGAUUCUUACCCAGGUUGCAAUAAUGCUACAGGAUCAACGGGAACAUCCAGCUCCUGCAGUGCUGUUUCUCCUAGCCCUGACUGUGCACAGACAGCUAGUAGCCACUCUGCUGGCACCAGUCCAGCCAUUGGAGAUGAAUCCAGGCAGUGUGUCUGCUUGCCUUGUAAAAGUGAAGAUUCCAGCGAGAGAGAGACUGAGGAGAGCUCUGUUUGUUCCAGGUGUUCCUGCUAUAAGCCACAGGAUGUGCAAGAGAGGACUAGUGCGUGUUGUGAUGGGGAAUCCCCAUCCACGAGUGGAACCUGCAGGAAUGGACCAAAUAGUGCUGGGUCAGAUUUUGCACUUAGGACUCUGCCAAACUGUGGGCCUCCAGGAGAGACAAGUGAUGAGAGGACUAGUGGGAGUGCCUGUGGGCCUGCCAGUGAGGAGGAGAGCAUGGGCUCCCAACGAAGGGGCUGUGAGAUGGAGUAUAAAGAAGAGUAUCCUCGCCGACCACUAACAAGAGCUAGAAGCAAGCUGUCGCAUGUCCCUUUGGUGUCUGAGUCAGAGGUGGCCAAGCCAAAGCCACGGCAAACCACAAAGCGGAAAAGGACAGCUGACAAGUCCACAAGUACAAGUGACCCAGUUAUUGAAGAUGAUCAUGUUCAA